GUUUUGAGCUGCAGCCUGUCGGCCGUGCUGCUCCCCGGGCUUCUGCGCUCUUUAUACCCCGUUUUCCUUCUGGCGUCAGGUCAGGACAGCUCGCCUCCAUCCAGCGCGCGGUUCCGUCGAGCCUCACGCAGGUUCUCAUUCAGUUUGGUCGGAGUGACUCGGAGUGAUUUAGAGAAGCGGGGGGUAAACGGAGGGGCGUUUCGGGGAGUUCAAGGUGACAGAAGCUAAGAACUAGGAAUGGAAACGGAGACACGACGCUAGCUGCAGAAAGUCUGUAGACAUCCCCACUGAAUGCUGACAGGGCAGUGAUAGGCUGUGAUAGGCAGCUCUGCUGCAUCUGUCAUUCUGCUAUGCUCUCCACGGAGGUGGCCCGGGAAUUCCAGGCAAAAGAGCGCAAAUGCAAGAAUAAUCUGAGGAAGUGCCUGGCCAGCGCUCUUUCUGGAGACCUACACAGGCUGCUGCAGGAGGAGCUGGAGGUGGAUGUUACUCUGUGCGUGGGUUCAGGGCUCCGGCUCCAGGCCCACAGGGCUGUCCUCCUUGCCCGGGCACCACAUCUCCUCCAGGGAGCCGCACCAACUGCUUCAGUCAUCCACCUACAGGGCAUUGAGCCCACGGCUCUGAAUGAGCUCAUCCGGAGAGUGUACACAGAGGAUAAGUGCCUGGGGAGAGUGACCAGUGGCUCUGCCGGACUGGACGGCCAUUCUGCGCUGCUGAAUGGCACAGCAGUCGAGGCAGAGGAUGUGGAGCUUCAUGUUAGUUCAAGUGCAGAUUCUGUGCAUUUAGAGCCAGCCUCUGGCUUUGGCGCUGACCUUUUGGCUCUGUAUGAAAGAGGUGAAGCCUCUGAUAUUAGCAUCCAGGUGGGAGAGCGAGUCUUCUCUGCUCACAGGGCUAUUCUUUGUGCCCGGUCUCAGUAUUUCCGAGCGAUGCUGUGUGGCAGUUGGAUGGAGAGCUCGCGUCAGUGCAUCACGCUGCAGGGUCUUGGUCCGGACGAGAUGGAGAUUCUUCUGCAUUUCAUGUAUGGAGCAAUACUGGACCUUCCUCCAGGAACCAAUGUGAGUCAGGUUGUGUUAGCAGCUGACAUGCUGGGUCUGGAAGGACUGAAAGAUGUAGCUGAAAUGGUUCUGACCAGAGACUACUGCAGAUUCUUCCCAAAGCCUGUUGAAGGAGUUCAGAGGAGCAUACUCGAGUGCCUUGCCAUCAGCCAUUCCAUCGGCCUCCAGAACCUUUACAGCUCCUGUGUGGGAUGGGUUGCUGAGCAUUUUGUGAAGUGCUGGUCAGAGAGGAGCUUUGCUAUCCUUCCUCAGGAACUACAGAGAGACUGCCUCAACACAGUCAUCAAAAACAUGACGGUGCAGAGUGCAGUGUCUGUACUGUGUGACAGUGAGCAACUGAUUGGCAGUCUGCCAGAAGUCAAGUGGGCAAAGCAGGUUCAGAGUCUGGCCAGUGAGCUUCAGGAGCAAUGUUUAAACACCAUUGUCACGCAUCUGCCCAGAGUUAUACACACCACUGCCUUCCAUAGCCUCCGCAGGAGAGAGGAGUUCACACGUGAUCCUGCGCUGCUGAGGAAGGUCUGUGUGGCUGUACGGGAGGGCGUUACCGUGGAGAACUGCUGCGAACUCUUCAGCGCUGUGGACCAGCUGAGUGGCCAUUCAGACUCCGACAUGCUGACAGCAGAAUCGGCCAGUCAUGAGCAGGAGGAGGUGGAGCCAUUCAGGCGUGAGGUGUGUUUGCUGCGUGCUCGGCUGUGGACCUUUCUGCUUCAAUCUUUCUUUGCAGUGCGGCACACGCGAGGAUGGGACACGCUGCCACCACGACACAGAGAACGGAUAUUAGCAGCUACUCUUGAUACUGGAGACUGCAGAAGGCUCAGUAAAAAACCUGUCCUCACCAGCUCUCAGAAGCUUGGAAAAUGUCCUUCAGGCUCAUCAUCACCGUGUGACAGUCCUCCAACUCUUCGGCCCCUGAAGGCCCUCAGGGGUCCGCGUCUGUCUGCUGGAAACUCACUAGAGAGCACCAUGAAAUCUGACAAUCUGACAACACAUACGACGGCUGCAGCCACAAAAAACAAACCUGGCACCAAUAAUAAGACUGACAAGGCUCAGCCGGCUGGCAGUCUGGCUAAAAAGAAAGCGCCCGCUGCCGCUAAACCUGUGCUGAAUGGUAGUGGUGGCCCAGCGGCCCGGAGGGACAAUUCAGCUAAUAAUGGCACCCGGGGGUCACCCACCGCUAAGGUGGUCCAGGAAAAGAGGACCGUAGCAGGGGCUAGGCCCAAGUCUUCCACUGCCGGGCUUGCUGGAGCAGUAGGACAGGUUACAGCAGGGAAAAUACACAAAGCUGCCGCAUCAGGGAAGGACUCCACUCAAGGCUCUGCCUCCGAUAGCCCAGGGAAUGCCCACUGCACGCCCACGACACCCUCCACAUCAGGCAGCGCAUCACCAGAGAGCAGCAUGAGUAGCCCACGCAACAACAACCAUGAUGCUUCUGCAGUUCUCAGGCCAAGACCCCAAGCUAAGGCAACUACAAAAUCUCCUCUGACCAGGACUGUCCAAAAACCAGAGACGGACAAGACGAACAGCCCCACAAAUAAAACGAACAAGCCCAAGACCACUGUGAGAAGCGGAGCAAGUGUCAGUAGCUCUACAGCAGCUCGGACGGAGGCAAAGAGCAGGAGUACCACUUCAGAAAACCAUGUUUCUACCAGACCUAGCACUGGCCUGAGCUCCAGAAAGCCUACAUCUCCCAGGAAAGAGGAUGAAAAGGAUGGAUCCAAGGUUCCAACCACUAAAAAACUAACAAGAUCCAGCACAACAGAAUCCAAACCUAUUACCAAAGCAGCAAAACCCACAGUGUCAUCCUCUAAACCAUCUUCCAGUACUACAAAUAAAGCUGCUCCCAAGCAGAAAGCAUCAGAAACUCCAACUGGAAAAUCUUCUCCUAGAUCUGCCACACCAUCCAAACAUUGCUCUCCCGCUGCCUCUAAAAAGCCAGCUGCUGCAGCGAAGGAUUUAGUUUCCAGUCCCAAACACUCAGAGUCCAAACAGCGACCCCUGGAGAGCAGCUCUGCUGUAGAGGAAGUGAAGCAACCGAUGAGAGGACAGGACGAGAGCUCCACAGUUCCUUUUUCAUCCGUUUCAUCUCAUGUUGGCACAGUUUUGCCAGAACAGCUUGGUUCGGUUCAGGAUUCUGCCCCUGAAACACUUAUGCUGGCUUCCAGGGAGCCUGCAGUUAUUGAGAAAAGCACUGAUUCACAAGUUAAAUCCAGCAUAGAAGGGAAAACAGAAACUACAGUUCAGACUGCAGUACGAAGCAAACUGAACCCUGUAAGCACAGACACUAUGCAGAGAGAAGUGGGAGGGGCUAAAGUUGCCCCAGGUCAUGUGAUUCCGCCUCAUCAUAGCAGCGCAGCAGCACAGGGAACUAUUACCCAGAAUUCUUCCAGAGAUUCUGACCUGCCUCCUGACACCCCCUGCAGUUUGGGUAGCACAGAUACACCCCUGGAGGAUUCGUGGAGUGGUAUACACCCCCAGGUCAGUCCUGAAUCAGAAACAGCAAGUGCCACUACAUCCUCGGACGACAUAAAGCCGCGCUCAGAAGAUUACGACGCAGGUGGCUCGCAGGACGAUGACUGCCACUCCCACGAGCGUGGCACAUCCAAAUGCGGGACAAUGCGAUGCCCUGACUUCCUGGGUCGCAGCAGCAGUGACACUAGCACCCCUGAGGAGCUUAAAAUGUAUGAGGGUGGGGCCGGGUUGCGGGUGGAGGUGCGACUUAGAGGCAAAGAGGCAGAGACUACAAGCGAAGAAGAGGUGGGGCGUCGGAGGCCACCGUCCUGGCUGAGGCGUGAUCAGGACUCCGUAAAGGAGGAGAAUUCUGAGAUGAGUGCCAUGGUAACGGAUGUAAAGAAAGUGCCAGACCAUCAGCUCUUCUCAUCUGAGGAAGAGGAGGAAGAAGAAGAGGAGGAGGAGUCUGAGGAUGAAAGAUCUGAGGUGGAAGUCUUGCCUGGUGGAGUUGCAGCUCCUCAUGGCGAACCUUUGCCCCAGUUCCAGUUCCAGGGCAUUGUGAACCUGGCGUUUGAAGAUGGUGUGGAGCAGGAGAACGAGCAGCUGGAGUACCAGUCUGCUUCUGGUUUCCGCCGGUCAGUGCUGCUUUCAGUGGACGAGUGUGAGGAGCUGGGAUCCGAAGAGGGAGGAACACAGACACCACCACAACAGGAGGAAGAUGCUGUCACACCAUGUGACGUCUUUGAGAGCGAGUCCCAUGACAGCCGGACCCACUGCAACUCCCAGAACCCCAACAGCACAUCAAAGGGUGGCUGCGGUUCCAGUGUCCUUCAGGAGGGGGAGCCUAAAUCUAUGGUUUUCCUUACAGAGGUCCAGGAGUCUCCUCAAGAAGAGCCUGUGUAUAACGAGUCCCAGCCAGACACAGACGUAAAUGUGGUUGCACCUCAAGAACGGCCCUGUCACCUGGACCUGCGGUUGACCGAACAGUACGGCAGCCUGCAGUCUAAACACACAGACAGCAAAAGAGCUGACCUGCGUCUAGACUUAACUGAGCCGCAGGUGACCGCUAACUCAUCACCUGCUCACCCUACCCAGUCCCCAGCAGGGGACAUUGAUGGUUGUGACAGAUUGGAUCAAAGCUGCACACAUGACCGACGCUCAUCUAAAGUGCUGUCCCCCAUUUACGAGUUGGACGUGGGAGAGGCCUUUGAGCAAAGCUUGGAUGCGGACAGGACCAACGAAGAGCAGCGAGGGAAGGAAGAUGAAGACGAGGUGGAAAAAGAGAAUGGGACGGAGGAGGAGGAGGAGGAUGAAAAUAGCAAGUUUGCAGAACGUGACUGGAGCCUGCUCCGGCAGCUUCUCUCCGACCAGGAGUCCAGUCUGGGCGUCAUAAAUUCUGUCCCAGAGGAUUUGAACCUGGCUCAGUAUCUGAUAAAACAAACCCUGUCGCUAUCUCGGGACUGUGUAAAUGAACAAGCCUUUCUGCCUCAUGAAAAAGAAAGUUUCAAGCGAUGGGCGGAGCUUAUAUCUCCUCUGGACGACUCUACCACCAGCAUCACUGUGACCAGCUUCUCUCCGGAGGAUGCCGCCUCUCCACAGGGAGAGUGGACCAUAGUGGAGCUGGAGACUCAUCACUGAAUCGGACAGACUGAGGGAUUAUAUCAUGCUUUUUCAGCAUUUGAUGAUUAUCAGGUGUCUUUUGGAUCGUUACGUUCUCUUCUUCCCUCUAUAUAAACAUGUGGAUGUUCCUCAUUGUUUUGGAGAAACUUUGAGACAUUUCAGCCAUAGAUUCUUUAUUAUUAUUUUGCUUAACUUUAUGCCCUGCCUAUCUACUUGUCUUCAUAGGUAUCAAGGAGCGGAGCGAUAGACUCGAUGCAUUUAAUUUGCAUGUGGACGUUUUUUCUAACACGUUAUCCUGUUUACUUGUCGCUUUGAUCUUUGUAGGAAACAAAAAAAUGCAGAAUUCCCAGCUUUUUCUUUCAUUAAACCAUGGUUAGCCAAUGGCUCUAAACAGAGCAAUCGGACUAUGUAGUGACUGGUGGUUUACAUUUAUUGUUGUGCUUAAUAAAAUGUGUGCUUAUUGUUUGUAGUGUUUACGUCUGGUACUGAAGUACAGCUGAGAUUUUCAGUAGAGCUAAAUACACAGUAGUACAGCUCCGAUUAACGAUAAAACUAUUUUGCUUAAAAUGUUAAUCAGAUCAAAUCUACAGCUAUUGUCUUCCACUGAGAUUAAAACCCAUGUGAAGGUGA